UAUGCUAGGGGCACGCGAUACCGAUGUCAAUGGAAGAAGAGACGGGCAAAUUUUCAAACUUGACUAGGGAAAACAGGAAAAGAAAAAAAAAGAAGGAAAAAAAAAGAGAUUGUAGGGGGCGGUCACCAGCAUUACAACCUACUCAAGUUUUCCAUGUUCAAGAAGAAAAAUGGGCAACUCUACUUGCAUGUGAAAAUCACUGUACUGUCAUGCAUAAUUUCAAAAUUUAUCCGUCUUAUAUAUAUAUGUGUGUGUGUGUGUGUGUAUUUAUAUAUUUUGAAGGGGAAAAAAGCAAAAUGGUGGAAUUAAACUCCAGAGAUGCGCCUUAACCAAAGUGUUCCAUUAAAUGAGCCCCUAUAAAUACUCUGCACCUCUUGCAAUCCUCCACAAAGUAUACCCAUUUACUCCUUUCUUCUUCUCCUCCUCUAGGAAUAGAAACGCUCUCUAGGAACAGAGCCAUGGUCUUCUCAAUGGUGCUGCUGAGGCUGAUGGACUGGUUAUGGUGGCACAUCCUAGCAAACGCAUGGCACAGGGCUGCAAGGAACAUGAGAGGCUGCACUAAGAUUCUCCAGAAGAACCAGUCUUUCAAGUCCCUUCAGGCUCAGUACCCUUCCUUUCCUAGCAUCACCAAGUGUUCCCUAGAGGGCAGGGAGUCUCAGACCUUGGUCUGUGACAUCCUCGGAGCCUUGCUCAGGACAGAAUCCUUCUUCCCUUACUUCAUGCUCGUUGCCUUCGAGGGUGGCAGCAUUGUCAGAGCGUUUCUGCUGUUGCUCUCCUGUCCUGUCUUGUGGUUGUUGGACUUUGAGCUCCAGCUGAGGGUCAUGAUCUUUAUAUCCUUCUGGGGAAUGAGGAUCAAGGACAUGGAGAGCGUGAGCAGGGCAGUCCUGCCCAAGUUCUUCCUGGAGAACCUCAACCCCAAGGCCUACGAGGUCUUAUGUCGAGCUGGGUCCAGGGUUGUCUUCACCAGUGUCCCUAGAGUGAUGGUGGAGGGAUUCUUGAAAGAGUACUUGAGCGUCGAUGCUGUUAUAGGAACCGAGCUGAGCACGUACGGGAAUCGCUUCACGGGAUUCAUAUCUCGGUCUGGUUUGCUGGUGAAGCACCGGGCAGUGAAGGAGUAUUUUGGCGACAAGAAGCCUGAUGUUGGGCUUCAAAGUUCAAGCCUGCAGGACCAUCUCUUCCUUUCCAUCUGCAAGGAAGCUUAUUUGAUAAACAAGGAAGAAGGCAAAAGAGGGAACGCGCUUCUGGCUCUUCCACGAGACAAGUACCCGAAACCUUUGGUCUUUCAUGACGGAAGGCUAGCGUUUCUGCCUACUCCGUUGGCGACCCUCCAAAUGUUCAUGUGGCUUCCUCUGGGAAUCUUACUGGCCAUCUUCAGGCUCCUGGUGGGCAUUUUCUUGCCCUAUAAGGUAGCAAUCUUCCUGGGAACCAUGAGUGGCGUCAACCUGAGGGUGAAAUUGUCUACCUUAGCGAAACCCGACCAGGACCGUAAGAAGGGAGUCCUUUACGUCUGCUCCCACCGAACUCUCCUAGAUCCUGUCUUUCUAAGUACAUCCCUAGGCCAACCUCUGACAGCGGUAACUUACUCCCUAAGUAAAGUCUCCGAGUUUAUUGCUCCCAUCAAGACCGUGAGGCUGACCCGGGACAGGACAAAGGACGGAGAGACCAUGGAGAGACUGUUAAGUGAAGGCGACUUAGUGGUGUGUCCCGAAGGAACAACCUGCAGGGAGCCAUACUUGCUGAGGUUCAGCUCGUUGUUCGCAGAGCUAGCCGACGAGAUCAUUCCUGUCGCUAUGGACACCCAUGUCGCAAUGUUCUAUGGGACUACUGCUAGCGGGCUCAAGUGCUUGGACCCUUUCUUCUUCCUGAUGAACCCAAGACCGACCUACCACGUCCAUGUUCUCGAGAAGCUGCCCAGAGAGCUCACUUGCGCCUGUGGAAGAUCGAGCCAUGAAGUGGCAAACUACAUACAGAAGCAGCUUGCCGCUGUUCUUGGGUUCGAGUGUACCAAUUUGACUCGAAGGGACAAAUACUUAAUGCUCGCUGGGAACGAAGGGAUUGUGCAUGACAACAGAAGUGACAAAGUCUCCACGAACUAGCUUCAAUAAUGGAUUCUUUUUUUGUUUUCCUCUCUGUUUCGUACCUUCCGUUAGUUGCUUGGUCACAAUAGAGAUUCACAUCCCGGCUUACUAAGAUGUCAUGAUGUUCUUGAGCCUAGUCCAAUGUCACAUCCCGGUUGGAUUAAUUUGUGUUAUUAUGAUGAUGAUACACUGCACAUGUGGGACACUCGUGCUCUUGGAUUCCGGAACUAUACAUUUGCAGCAUUUAUUUUAUUCCAAA